UCAAAUCAUAAUAGAUUAAUCUUCUAUGUAUAGACUAUAGAGCAAACGACACUAAUUCAUUAUUAUAUAUAUAUAUAUAAAAUACACAGAUCAAACCGACCCGAAUGAGCGCGUCUUCGAUUCCUAAGAACCCAAGAUAGAGAGAGAAGAAUCGGACGGCGAGGCCACCAUGGCCGACGAGAAUGGAGCAGAGAACAACAGACUCGAGCAAGAAGAGGCUCUGGUGGCUCUGACCGAGCACCGAACCAAAGAAGUCGAACAUCUCCGCCAGCGUAUCUCCUAUUACAAAUCCCAGCUUGAGCAAGCAGAGAGGAGGUUAGAGGAUACACAAUUUAAGUUGGCUCGUCUUCGAGGCCGGGACAAUGGAACACCAUCCAAAUAUUCCUUGGGAGAUAAUAUUAAAGAGGUCAAAGUUGAGCGAAGAUCGACUAGCCCUAUGCAGAUCAAUGAAGCUUCUUCUAAAAGACAGCUGCAAUCUAGACCUCAGCUUGUAAUUCCUGCUGUGAAUCCAAAAAUUUCUCAAUCUACAAAAAUGGCAGAAUCUGGCGUGAAUGCUUUAGUGAGCUCCAGUGGUAGAGCUGGUACAUCAGUCUCCAGUCACAAUGAUAGUGCUGUGAAAGUAAAACGGGAAAAUUCUAAUAGAAACUCUUCUGAGCAGGAAGUAGUUGAAAUUCAGGCUAAAGGGACAAAAAGGAAGUUUGAGCAGAAGGAGCACAAGGAAUUGAUUCCCUUGAUCAAUAGUCGUUCAUCUCCUUUUACAAUCCAUUGCCAGGUGGCUUGUCUCGUCUCUAGUCAACACAAGAGAAAGCUGAGAAGUCUUGUCUUGUGUCCAACAAACAAUCAGCUAUUUGUAACCAGCGCUUUGGAUGGAAUUGUCAACUUGUGGCAAGUUCAGGCCAGAGGAUCAAGUGCCAAUCUACUUAGUGCUACUGAUUGUGUAUCCCCAAAGCAGAGAAGAUGGCCAGAAGAUAUAGCAUGGCACCCAGAUGGAGAUAGCCUACUUGCUGUAUACAGUGCUGAUAGUGGAGACUCUCAGAUAGCAGUUGUAAAUCUGAAUAAAACACAACAGAGAACGCGUGUAAGCUUCCUAGAAGAGAAGCCUCAUGUUAAGGGCAUUAUCAACAAUGUAGUUUUCAUGCCAUGGGAAAAUGCCUGUUUCGUUACUGGUGGCAGUGAUCAUGCUGUAGUACUUUGGACUGAGAAAGACGGGGAGAACAAAUGGAAACCAAAGGCAGUGCAUAGGAGUAUGCAUUCAUCAGCCGUAAUGGGAGUUGCUGGGAUGCAGCAAAAGCAGGUUGUAUUGUCUGCCGGUGCUGACAAGAGAAUUAUUGGGUUUGAUUUACUGGCAGGAAGAGCAGACUACAAGCAUCAAAUAGAAAGUAAAUGCAUGAGCGUUUUACCUAAUCCAUGCGAUUUCAAUCUAUUUAUGGUCCAAACUGGGACUCCACAGAGGCAGCUUCGGUUGUUUGAUAUUAGGUUGAGGCAAACGGAAAUCCAUGCAUUUGGUUGGAAGCAAGAAGCUAGUGAAUCACAGUCUGCUCUAAUAAAUCAAGCAUGGUCUCCCGAUGGUUUAUACAUCACAUCUGGUUCAGCUGAUCCUGUUAUCCACCUCUUUGAUAUCAGGUAUAAUGCUCACAAACCUUCGCAGUCAGUAAGAGCUCAUCAGAAACGCGUAUUUAAAGCUGUAUGGCACCAUGCUCUCCCGCUUCUGAUUUCCAUAUCGUCGGAUCUGAACAUUGGAUUGCACAAGAUCACAUAAAGAUGUUAUUUAAGUUGUACUCAUGCCCUAAAUCUUCUGCUCCUAUUUGGUCCCAUUUUGGGAAGUUUUGUCUUGCCUUGAUAAAGAACUAGACCUUGUCAGAGAGGAGAUAUUGCCUCGGGAACAUGUAAAAAUAUGCCAAUGGGGGUGUAAAUGUGGAAGAAAUUUUGGGAGGAAAUGAUACAGAAUUUGCAAAGUGGCCUUGUAUUAGCUAUGGGUAUUAAUAUGGUCAUUUUUGGGUGGGAACAUAUGACCAGGUUUAGUCUACAGUGUACCAUUCAUGAUAUCUGAAUUUUGUUAUUCUUUCCAAAAGGGAAAUAUAGCACAAGUUUUUUUCAUUGUUUAGAGCCCAUAACAUUAAGCUAUGUACUUUUCUUUCUGAGAUGGCAUUCUCAAACUUUUUGCUAUGUAAUAUGGAAUGACAAACUAUGGGCAUGGAUUGUAACUUCUUGAAAGGAGAAUAGAAGUUGUGCCUGUUGAGGGCUAUGGUUUAGUUGGUCUAAAAA